GAGCAGCAUACCAAAGAUCUCCUCCAACCCGCUCCUUUGUCACAGAGAGGCAGCAGCAGCAGUGGAAGAUCCGUGCCGCACCCUUUCUGCUCCUGCAGGGACUCACCGCGCGGAUCAUUGCGCACAGGUAACUACCGCCCCAAACUCCCGGAAGCGCGGAAAGAAUUCCCAACACAGGUGAAGGACGGUGUUUACCACAGUUUGACAUUUGGGACGGAGAGAGCCGGCUGGAAUGGAGCGUCUAUAGAAACGGACUGAAUUGUACAUUUUUCGAAUUAGUCUCAUUUUUCCAAAGGGAGUUCAAAGUGCGCAAAGAGCUGACCUCAGGUGCGGCACUACUUUGCUCCCCUACUCGACAAGGAUCUGGAUUUACUUGACUAACGACUUCAUAUUCACAAGUAAAGAUUGAAGAAGUAGAUCCACCGCUCCAGACCUUCAAACUGGAUCCCUCCAGUCCUCCCUCGUCCAGCUGAUGGCAUGCUGAUCUCAAACCAACCAGGGUGGGCGAGUCUGAAUGGCGCCCUAAACCUUCAUCUUUGCUCACAUUUUCAACGGCACUCUCUCCUCCUUCCUCUCUAACUCUUCUCCGAUCCCACAUCCACUCGACAUCUCAACAUGGAUACCCUGACUGACGACACCGAGGGAUGCUACUACAACCGGAGUGUCAAGUUUUUCUACCACAAGAGCGGGAAGAACAUCAGCGAAAUCUGGAGGACACGUGACUAUGUGAUCGUCAGUCUUGGCAUGUCGGUGUGCUUCAUCGUCAUCUUCUCCAACCUUCUGGUCAUAGGCGCCAUCUUGAAAAACAGACGCUUUCACUUUCCCAUCUACUACCUGCUUGGGAACCUGGCUUUGGCAGACCUCUUCUCAGGUGUCUCCUACUUGCACUUGAUGUUUCACACCGGUCCCUGGACCAUCAAGCUGUCCAAGUACCAGUGGUUUGUGCGUCAGGGUCUGAUCGACACCAGCCUGACCGCUUCGGUCUUAAACCUACUGGCUGUGGCCGUGGAGCGUCACCAAACCAUCUUCAACAUGCAGCUGCACAGUAAGAUGAGCACGCGGCGGGUCUUUGUCAUCAUGGUCUUCAUCUGGCUGGUGGCAAUCAUCCUGGGUCUGAUCCCCACCAUGGGCUGGCACUGCCUGUGCGACCUGGAUGGCUGCUCCACCAUGGCGCCCAUGUACAGCCGCAGCUACCUGGUGUUCUGGGCCCUUCUCAACUUGCUGACUUUCUCUAUCAUGGUGGCCGUCUACACCCGCAUCUUCCUCUACGUCAGGCGGAAGAGCAAGCAGAUGUCACAGCACACCUCCCAGAUGAGACACAGAGAGACGGUGCUCAACCUGAUGAAGACCGUCUCAAUGAUCCUGGGCUGUUUUGUCCUCUGCUGGACGCCCGGUCUGGUGGUGCUGCUGCUCGACGGUCUGGGCUGCGAUCGGUGUGAGGUGCUGCGCUUCGAGAAGUACUGCCUGGUGCUUGCCGAGUGCAACUCCUUCGUCAACCCCAUCAUCUACUCGUUCAGGGACAAAGACAUGAGGAGGACCUUCAAAGAGAUUCUUUGCUGCCUGUUCAAGCGUGGCGGUGACAAAACGGGAAGCUCUGGAGUUCACUUUAACACCAUGGAGCACGAGAAGUAUAAGUCUCGUGCUGCCGAGCCGACGGAGAGGAGCAACGGGACGCUUCUCGAGAGCAGAGGGACACUUGACACUUAAUCCUCCCAUCUGGGUAUGCACACAUAAACAAGCCGGCAGAGGGAGGAGGUCAAAAAACUGUUUAUUCUAUAGGUGAAGUUUACAUUAUCACCUCUGCUGCCUGCACACAUUGGUUAUCCUGCUUGUGUCUGGUCCUGGAGCGAAGGAGAACUGCUUCACUUCAACUAUCAGCUCACAAACAUGACCGCAGACUUUUAUUUGAAAGAGGCGUGUGGGAAAUGUUCGUUUCUACUCCAUCAUCGACCUUCAGCAGAAGAAAAGGAGGCAAACUAUCCAUUAGUGGGCCUUUUUGAAUAACACAGGGGGCCGCUGUGAAGCCCGUUUCCUGUUGAGACAUAAAUGAAGCGCAGUUUUCCCUUCAACACAUGCUGAUGAAAGAGGACGGACAUAACAGCUGGAACAAGCUGGUGGAGUAUGGAAGAACUGACUGCAAUGUGCUCUUUUGAGAGCCAUCAAUGGUUUUAGUAAUUCUCUCAUGGCGCAUCAAUGUGUUCGUGGGUUCAGUUGUACCAGCUUGUCCUCUCAUGAGGGUCAUAAUAUUAUUUUAGGCUUAAACAGUUUUAGAAAGCUGCUGCAUCAGCGGCAUUAGCAUUUGCAUCUCAUGUAGAUAUGCUGCAUUUCUAUCACUCAGUCUGCUCUCAUUGAUAUGAACAGGGUGCACAAAACAGCAGCGUUACCUCAAAAGAAUAACCUGAAACAGAUCUAACAGGGCAUCAGGAGUCAGCAUGUGUGUCUCAUAAUCCAUAACUGUGUUUAUGUUGAAUCACUUUAUUCAUUGAAGACACAAGUUACCACAAAAGGUCACGGGAAGCAAGAGGAAACUAGUGCUAUGAUACACUGGACUCAUGGUAGAUAAAUCGACAGAUGCAUUUGGGAGAAAAUAUGGAAGUUCUUUAAGUCAUGACACCCCCCACCAACCCCCCAAUACCAUGAGGCUGUAGGGCAUCUGCAUCUUGGUCCACUUUCCAAGAACCCAAUCAGGGAUGGGCAUUUCAGUAGUCCCCCCGACACAACCCCCAGACAUAAGGAGAGAGAGCAUGACUGUGCAUAAUAAUUCUAGAUAUGCUAGUCAGAUAUAAGUAUGCUUACACAUGGAUGGAUAUGCAUGUAUGGAUAAUCCAGAUAUGCUGGUUUAACCUGGCAGAGUUUGCAAUCGACCUAAUUUCUGUUCCUCACAGAGCUGCAGAAAUCUGAAUGUCACGCUGCUGUGCCUGUUUUUACCGCCAACUGGCACUCGUGCUUUCUUCUUCUUCUUUUGUUAUUUAAUGGCAGUGAUCAAACAGCUUUCAAAUGUGCUACAGCCUCCCUGUGGCGAUCGUACUGUACCCUGACAGAACCAGGCGCCAGUAAAAACAGCUGAAAUAUUUGCAUUCCAACAGUGUCCUUGCCUUGUGUUUGAUAAUCAGGCCUUAAAAGAAGUCAAAUGAAUGUUAUAUGUUUUUUUCAAACAUAUAAUUUUUUUUUUAAUACAUAUUUUUGGGGCAUUAUUUGCCUUUAAUCAAUAGGACAGCCGAAGAGAGACAGGAAAUGUGGGGAGCAGAGAGAGGGGGAGGACAUGCAGCAAAUGGUCGAGGCUGGAACCGAACCCGCAUCCUCUGCAACAAGGGCCUCUGUACAUGGGGUGCACCCAGACCGCUAGUUCACCAGCGCCCCUUAUAAUUUAAUAUUUAAACGUCAAGACACAUCUUCAAACAGAAUGAUCAUGUUUUUACUCUAAGGUUUGGUCUGACCCCCUUUCACUUUAGUAUAGCUGUUGACUCAACCUCCUGUUGCUCUGAGUCGACACUUCUUUGUCCAAGUUGUACCUCCUUAUACCUUUUACAUGACUAGUCAUUAUUUUUUACUUUUGGUUUGAGAACCAUCAACAAAUUGUCACAGUUGAAACCUAAUGAGUGAAAUUGCUUAUCAGCCUUCCACCACUGGUUCCCUUAAAAGAGAGCAAACUCCAAUCAAAGGCUAACAUUUUACAACUAACGCUCCAGUUUAGGACUUCUUGAUUUUGGCGCCCCCCGUGGACAAAGCAGUACGUGAGUAAGUUGUGUGUCUUAAGAAAAAAUCUCAUCCUGCUUUCUUUUUAAUGUCUGAUGUCCCUCAUCACUCAUCAGUCUCAGUCUUUGCUGUGGAAAACAUCAACAAAGCUUGAAUCCUAGAUGUGAUGUCACUCACUUUAUCUGACUCCAACCCUGCAGACAUGAAAAUUAACUUUAUGUAAAUAAUCAACCCUUUUGCUGAUGGUCUUGUUUGCUUCUGUAAGUCAAAAAGAGGCGUCAGUAUUCAUUUCAGUCUGUUUCAUAACCUGCUAAAAAAAACCUUUCAGGAGCUUUACUAGCUUAUGAUUUAAUGAUCCAUUUGCAUUCAUAAUGUUGGUUUUAUUUUAAAGGUUUCCUCUUGGAAGUGGACCCAGAACCUUUCCUCCAUUUGAGUCAUGGUCUUGAGUUUGAUUGUAGAACCAAAAUCAUAGAUGUGGAAAAGUUAGGGAUUUUAUUUGAUGUGUAUGACAUUCACCUCAGAUAUUUCCUACCCUUGAGGAGACACAAAUCUCCUGAUGUUCAAAUGUUUCUCAUGACUCUCAAAGCGAGCACACUGACCUGUAACAUACUGGACUGGAAUCCUGUUUGUGCCUUAAAGCAGAGCUGCCGUCCUCUCUUGAAGUUUUAUUUGUCGCUGUGGUGUUUGCAUGGUGUGAACUCUCUCUGUGCUGAACUGACACAUGAUGACUUCUGUUUGUAAAUUGAAUGUGGUAUAAACUUUAUUUAUGAUCACAUUGUAAAAAUGUUCUGUACAGUAUUUAGUGCACUUUGUCAGAUUUAACAAGUCGAAAACAACACCUUGAAGGGAAGUCAAGCCAGGUUUUUUUUAGGUUCACAUCCAGAAAUGUUAUUUUGUUUCUGUGAAGCAGGACUGAGCGAACACAACAGGAUACAAAGCUUUUAGGGUUGCAGUAUUGCAGCUAGUUUAAGCGAAUACUGAGUAAAGUGAUGUUGAGAUGUUAGUAGGAAAGAAGCAUUGUGACUGCUGUGUUUUGGUUUGUUUUGGUUUGUGUGUCUGGUUUUCAGCCGUGAUAAUCUGCCCUGACAAUGAUGUCAUUAAAAAACUGAAUACUGAA